CCACUCAGAGCUCGAGAAAACAAAAGGUAAGGGGAAAUGAGAGGCGGCGCACUCCCGUCGCAGGAGAGAGGAGACGCGGAUGUGGAGGUUCGCCGGGAGGGGGGAGGGCACAGCGGAGGCACGUCGAGGAAGAGGAAGGGGUGGCGUGCUCGUCGGCGGCGGAGGCUGCUUCUGUCCCCACCAGGUGAGCACCAUUGGAGGGGGCUGGAAGAGCAGGAGGUAAGUACUCCUGGCCAUCGUCCUCCUCAUCUCCUACCUCCGGCCGAUGUCCAUGCGCCUGCCCCCCAAUCUCCGCCCCUAUGUCCUCCAUCUCCAGCUCCGCCGCCGCCUGAGCCCCUCGGCCUAAUCCCUCCUCUCCUGCCAGUUCAACUGUCGUUCGUGCGCCCAGCCUCUCUCUGAUGUGAUUCCGUCCACCACUCGUAAUGGGGAUUCUCUUACUUGUGCUGUAACAUGUGUUUGUGGUGCUUUUGGCCGUCUGUGGAAGAUGCAAUUGACCUGACUUGAGAGUGAAUUUUACUUUAAUCUACAUAAGUGGUGGUUUAUCUGUGCCACACAUUUCAUAGGGGGUGGCCGUUGGCAGUGAAUUUUGCUUUUCAUGUACACUAGCGUCAGGUUGAACUUUACCUGGAAGAGACAGUUGUGUUUGUACUGUGACUUUUUUGUUGUUCUACCUUGAGAGCAAGGCAUAUUUGCAGAAUUAUUUUUCUAUUUGCAUUAUGUCAUUUAUGGGGCUAUCAUUGCUUUUUUCCAUCCCUUGAAAAUUUUGCUCUAACAGAACCAUAAAUUUCUGAAUUUUGAUAGACUAGAAGGUGUUGGUUGUAGCAAAACACAAAGUAGCAUAUCGUUUUAGCAUGUGUUAAUUUGAACAUAUUACCUAGAAAGAAGACUAGCUUCUUUGUACUAGUUCAAUGUUUUUGCUCUUUUACAGGGAACAACACACAUGCAACCAUUUUACUGUCAGUGCGUGUUCAUUUGUGCUUCCCUUUUUUUCUCAUUGAUGUUGGGUAGUAUACCUGUGCUGAUUAGGAAACAUACACUGAUAGACAAAGGAUUUACCUUAAGUGACUUGCUAACUAGUCAUUGCUACACAUGCCUUUGAUUUACUGCUCUUUGUCUUUAGUCGUUGAUGUGAGAUGGUCCUCUCAACUAGUAUACUCCACACGCCUUUGAUUUUUUGGUGGGAAUUCUCAGUGAUUUUUGUCCACUGUUCUUGCUUCACUUAAUUUGAUAGAAGUUAGGCUAGGUUGCACUAGCGUAAUGCCGAGAAGUGUAUUUUUGAGAAGCUCUCUGUUUAUCAGCUUGAAGCCUCUUCCACUUGUUGUAUAUAUAUAUUUUUUAGGCGAUUAUGGUGAUCCAUCAACGUAUUUUGUCUGCAUUUAGAGGGGAUAUUCUCCAUGCUCAAAAAGGAAAAAGAUGAAGCGAAAAUACAAACAUAAAAUCGUAAUACUUGUGUCUAUCAGUUUUACAAGGAAGGCACUGCAACCUCUUUAACUGAAACUUUUGCAUACAUGUCAAUUAAGGUCUUUUAUGAUUUGUGGUAAUUCUAAUUUCUCUUUGUGUGAAAUCUGGGCUUAUCAUUUCAGUCUGUCUAGGGACAUCAGUUAUGUCACUUGUGUGUUAUUAAGUGGUGUUCGGUUUCAGUUAGCUAAUUUUAGUGAUUGAAAUUGGGUUUUUCUGUGUACAGUCAAAAGGCGAGAGAAGCUUUUGGAGGGGAUUUAUGCUGCCUAAAGGGGACAAGCUCUGCCUAAGAUUUGCAGCUUUUGGUUUGCUGUAAGGACGCAAUGAGGCGGAUGCACGGAGGGACGAGGAUGGGAGCGGCAGCGUGGACGGCGAGACCAGUAAGCAGUGAUUCUCUGCAAGACGCUCACGGCGUCCGACACCAGCAUGCACGGCACCACCCUUCUAAUUUAAUUGCAAUUACUCAAUGCCUUGCACAAUUGCAUCACCCUUCUAAUUUAAUUGGAAUACUGUUAACUUUUUGCAAUUCCAAUUGUUGCCAGCUGCAACUGCAGUUUCAUUUUUGGGUUUAUAGGUGUUUUUCACCAAUAUUUGGACUUCACUGCAAGAUGUUUGGUGCAAAGAGUGUUCUGGGCCCUCAUUUGUGUUCUAUCCACUUAUGUUUUUGUUUUUUUCUCAGCUCCCCUUCUGUUUAUCGUUCCCUCUUCAAUUGACUUGAAAGGAUUUCACAAAUUUAUGUGAAACAAACUAGUAGGACCCAUUUUUUGCACUAAGUUUUGCACUGCCCUUUUAAUGCAAAUUUGUUUCUUUUCUGUUUUGCAAUACUGAUUGCAGCUCCAGCCUUUCUCAUUCUCAAAACUGUUCAUGGCUCUCUUAAUAUCUUGAAUGCAAUUUUUUGCACCUGAAGUUUUGCCGAUUGCGGUUCUAUUUUUAUGGUUUUCUGCACGUGUAUCCUUGCUGAUUGUAGUGUUUCGAUUUUUGAAAUUGCAUCCAAUCUAAUUUCGGGGGUUGGUUUUUCUCAUGUAGCUUUGCUGAUUGUAGUCCUUACAAAGUGCAAUUGCAUUGCAGUUGAAAUUGCUCGCAAUCUACUACCUCCAUUCCUAAAUUGUUGUCGAGGAUCGGAGGGAGUAUUUUUUUUACUGAAAUUGCAUGUCUUCGCAGCUGCAAUUCCAGCUUGGAGUUAGUGCAAUUAUCUUAUAUUUGCUUAAGACCGAUUUCCUUGCUGUCAUUCCGUGCUGUAUUGCACGUUUUUUACUGAAAAGGUACAAAAUUUCUAUUUUUUCCUUGUUGUCAUUCCUUUGUUGGUGCCAUAUCUUCAUGGAAAUCUGCAUGUACUUCAAUACUUGCAAUCGAGCAUGUUAUCAAAUGCAAUCGCAGAUGUUUAAAACUGGCAUUGCAGCCCAGUAUGUUUGUUCCUUCAUUUUUGUUGAUUGUGACUUCUGUUUCUUUUUCUUAGAUGGAUCUACUUAUGUUGUAUGGACAAUUUGGCGAGGGAAGGUAGAGUUUUCCUCAAAUCAUCAAUGAACAUGUACUCAUUUUCUCUUUGCCUUGCUGUGAUCUCUUUGUUGGUGUUAUUUUUUAACUAAAUUUGCAUGUCUUUGACUUCUUGCAAUCGAGCAUUGUAUCAAAUGCAAUUGCAGUUGUUUAAUACUGGAAUUGCAGCCCAGUAUGUUUGUCGAUUCAUUUUGUCAAUUGUGACUGAUGUUUCUGUUGCUUAGAUGGAUCUACUUAUGUUGCAUGGACAGUUCGAUGAGGGAAGCUAGAGUUUUCCUUGAAUCAGCAAUGAACAGGUGCUCAUUUUCUGUUUUGCCUAGCUGUGAUCUGUUUGUUGGUGUCAUUUAUUUAACUUAAAUUGCAUGUACUUUACUACUCGCAAUCGAGCAUCGUAUGAAAUGCAAUUGCAGUUGUUUAAUACUGGAAUUGCAGCCAGUAAUUUUGUUCAUUAUUUUUUGAUUCUGAGUUUUAUCUUGAGGUUGUUUGAAUUUGUCACUCAGUCAGUGUAGUUUGUUUCCCCUUACCAUAGGUGAAUGCAUGAUUCUGGUAUUACGAGGCUGGCUUUUAAACCAUUAGGUGCAUGUUUUUCUUAUAAUAUGUUCCUUUGUGUGUCUGGUUUCUUUUAAACGAGUAGAAGACUGGUUUUAUUUGAAUUUUCAGGCGCCUGUUUUUCUUUCAGAAAUCAGGUGCCUGUUUUGGUAUCUAAAAACAGGCGCCUGCUGUAUAGACAGACCCGAUACAUCCAUUUUUGGGCAAAUUUGAGACAUGAGUUAUGGAACAGAGGGAGUAUAAUCGAUAUAGAGAGAAUUCUACGAAUAUAUAAAUGCAAAAUAUUUGAAUUCCAGACUUCAUUGGCAGAGAGAUUUGAUUUCCAUACAUAUUCAGCUGAGACCAGUUGAUGCAGGCGGUGUAACAACAAAACUACUGUAUGAUCCAAGACCCCGGCAGGAACAGAACAAAAAUGGCACUUGCUUGUAUCGGCACAGCUUCCAUGUGAUUCCUGCUGAGCAAAGGGUCUCCAUAUGUUCGGGCUUAUAGCGCUGCAGCGAGAGAAGGAAGAGGAGAGCUUGGACUUUGCUAUUCUUAUAGUAACACAUGUUGUUGCUUGUAUAAAUUAUUUAAUGGUCCAAACAAAUUCAGAAUUUAUGAAAAUUUGAGGGUAGGGUUAAGAUGGGAAAAUUCACCUUCAGUAUUCAAAAAUUUCAGAGCAAAUUCUCUAGAAUUAUUACUUUUUUGGUACUGUUGAGUACUAAUAUUGAGAUUAAACCGACUUCUUUUUUCUGGGACACAUGCACACCAUUGAAAUUUGAUUUACCAUAUUCCAAUGACAUAUACCAUUCAUAUAUUAUAUAGCAAUGACAUAUCGUGCAUAUAUCAUACACCAUUCCUAUAUCAUAUACCGAUGAUAUAUAUCAAUUACAUAUACCAUUCAUAUGCCAUAUACCAAUAGAAAUAUACAUGCCAGAGUUUCAAACUUUUUAAGGUGGAUUUUCUCAUCUUAAGACUACACUGAAUUUUUUAUAAAAUUAUGACUUCAUUUGGACCAUUAAAUAAUUUAUACAAACAACAAAAUGUGUUAGUAUAAGAAUAGGAAAGGAGAUGAUUUUAUCCUCCCCCAUCUCAGCACCGAGCCGCCCCCACGUGCCAUCAAGCCGCCCCGCUACUGAUUGAGCGCAAGGGAAUCUCCGCUUUGGUGCUUGUAUGCAACCGGAGGUUACAGGAAAGCGAAGGUAGGAAACCGGAGAAGACCACAGGAGGAACAUAACAAAAAUGGAAGGAAACCGGAGGUUUCAGAAAACGAAGGUACGGAGUAGUAAGCUGGAGAAGACUCGGAAGUCUGGCCAUAUACAAAUCGCAUGGCUUAUCAGAAAUCCCGAACACAAGACUACACAAGACAAGCAAGCCGUAGAAGGACGCCAGACGGACUCGUACAGGAAUCGUGUUCUUCCUCCGUGCAGAAUUUCUGAACAGAGCAAGCUGACCUCGUUGAUGACACGGAAAUCUAAGAUCAGCCCCAAUUCAAAUGACUAACUAACAGAAAAAGAAAACAAACAUUAUGGGCGCAUGCGUGUGAAAAAAAACAUUAUGGGCAGUGCAUCAAGUGGGACACGUUACCCAAGACGGAUUUUGGCUCAAUUUAUCUUCACUUGCAAUGUCAGAAAACAGUUAUAUCCUUCAAGGAAGGAUAUCGCGAAAACAAUUCACUGCAUACCCCUUGAAAUCUCCAUAAUUACCACCUGAUCCUCUUGCAUAACUUGUCUUUAGUAAGAACUCAGAAUAUGCCAUCUAUGUAAGGGCUCCAAUGCAAAAAAAAACCCUUCAAAACGGCCUAACACUUCAUUUAAUCAUCAGUGGCCUACCCUUUGUGAUCCUAAUCUCAAACCAAAUCUGCUUCCGCAAGCUCCAAAGCUUCAAGCAUCGACCACCUCCUCCAGUGCUCCUGCUUCCUCUUCUUCAUUCGCACCAAUCUCCGCCUCCCAUGGUUGGAGUAACAGAAAUCACAAGAUAGUCUACAGCGGAGUGGAGUAGCGAGGUGGUCAAAGCAGUUCCAACUUCCAACCACCGCGCCCGCAGGCCGCAGCCAUGCGUCCUACGCCUGCGGCCGUGGCGCUCCUCCUCGUCGUCCUCUGCCUCGGCGGAGGCGGCGGCCGUGAGGCCUCAGCGUCGUCGGACUUCGACUACCCGGCAGCGUUCAACUUCGGCGACUCCAACUCCGACACCGGCGGCCGCAUCGCCGCCGGCUUCGAGCCCAUGCCCCCUCCCUACGGCUCCACCUUCUUCGGCAGCCCCUCUGGCCGGUUCUCUGACGGCCGCCUCAUCGUCGACUUCCUCAUGGAUGCGAUGGAUAUGCCAUUCCUCAACUCGUACUUGGAUUCUGUUGGUGCACCUAACUUCCUGGCAGGUGUUAAUUUUGCUCAAGCGGGCUGUUCAAUUACUCCAGCAACUGCAACAUCUGUCAGUCCGUUUUCCUUCGGUCUUCAGAUUAAGCAAUUCUUUGCAUUCAAGGAAAAAGUCACUAAGCUGCUCUCUAAAGGAGAUAGGUACAGGCGGUAUAUUCCUCAGUUGGAUUACUUUUCAAAGGGACUCUACAUGUUUGAUAUUGGUCAAAAUGACCUUGCUGGUCAAUUCUACUCGAAAACAGAGGACCAAGUCAUUGCAUCCAUUCCGACUAUUUUGCUGGAAUUUGAAACUGGGCUAAAGUCACUAUACGAGCAAGGUGCCAGGAAAUUCUGGAUCCACAAUACAGGCCCUCUCGGUUGCUUACCUCAAAACAUAGCUCUUUUUGGCAAAGACCCAUCACAACUGGAUGAAGUUCAUUGUGUAACAAAGCACAAUCGUGCUGCAAAGAUUUUUAACUUACAGCUGCAUGCACUUUGCACAAAGUUAAGAGGUCAAUUUGCUGGAGCUGAUAUCACUUACAUUGACAUCUACUCCAUCAAGUACAGCCUGAUCGCCAAUUAUUCUCGAUAUGGGUUCGAGAAUCCAACACAAGCAUGUUGUGGAUAUGGAGGGCCACCCCUGAACUAUGAUGGUCGAGUACCGUGUGGACAGACAAAGUCUGUAAAUGGCAAUCUUGUAACUGCAAAAGGGUGCAGUGACAGUACUGAAUAUGUCAACUGGGACGGAAUACAUUACACAGAAGCUGCAAAUUUCCACAUUACAUCACAGAUUCUGACCGGGAGACACUCCGAUCCUCCAUUCGUUGACAAGAUGCCAUUCCUCCUAAAACCGAGAUUCUAAUGAGCUGACUGUCAUGCCUGAUGUGCGCCCUUCCCUCUGCAAAACUACCAAAGGUUUCGGUUUUUUUCCAAGUUAUCGGCGGAGAUCUGCCUUUUGAUUAAUAGAUUGAGUUUGGAGUAAAUACCGGGGAGCACACAAAAAUUACAUUCAAUGAAAACAGGGACUAAGUCGAAAAGAGAAGUUGAGAAGUUUAUAACAAGAUUUCAUUUGUAGAAUGCAAGUUUUGAAGGAAAGUUUCGCACUCUGCAAGCACUUAAUGGCAUCGAGUAUUGACGAACUGAGGUAAGAAACGGUUGUUUUACAUCAAGUUAACGACAGAUAUGUAUGUCCAUUUGAGCUACCGCAAGCAGAUUAAGUUACCAAUGGGUGAGAAUUUCUUCUGAAUCCUGCAGGAACUGAACUGAUUCCUGUGAAAUUCAAGUCCCAAACAGUCCCUUCAUCCGCACACUGCAGUACUGCACAGAAGAAUGCGCUUGCAUGUUUUGAUCACUCACCCUGUGUUCACUUCUAAAAAUUCCAACGGAAAACCGUGGGGAGGAACCGAACAAUUUCCUUCUUCUCUCGAGUAAUUAAUUUACUGUGCAUCGCA